UGUUCACCUCCUUCAGAGCAAGCUGGAGUCGGCAGGAGGGAUUGUGCACACAAACAGGCACGGCGCCUUGUUUUUGGAGCUCUUGAUUCACAAAUUGAGUGGGCGAGAAAACAGUUCUGGGAAUACAGCGCAUUGUGCCGCUAUUUCAUAUUUGGCAUAUUUGUUUUUCUUUUCUUUUUUUAAAGUCGAUGCAUGCUUUCUUUUAUUUUUAUUGUUUGCACUUUUACGUUUGCAGGGAUAUUGACUGAAUCAGCAAACUAGCUAUCUCUAUGGGGUCGCACGGGAACGGUUCUUGUUUUGGUCGUGCAUUUGGAACUCCGGACUGAACUCAGAUAUAUUGUUCGCUUAUUUUCCUUUCUACUCAAUGCUUUGACUAGUUUGCAUAUGGCAUACAGCGGGUGGAUUUUAAAUGCUCAAAUAUUUAAAGAUGUAACACUCUGCGAAGGUCCCGUACUCUAGCAAGGGAUUGUUUUGGCACUGAGCUGUUACCUAAUUGAACCACUCUCUUGGCUAACUUGGCUAUAGCUAGGUUGCUAGCUAAUGAAAUAAGGGUACGUAAACGUUUUUGCAUAUAGCUGAGUCAGUCUUGUUGUGCAACCCAUUUUUUUUUACUCCCUGUACAUGAUUUGGAGUACACGAUAGGUUAUUUAACUUUUUGAACUUAUUUUUUACUCAUUAACUGCUACAUUUUUUCCAACAUGGCAAGCCCAGCCUCAGAUCAUGGUUGUUUUUCGGACGUGAGGAAGGUGGGUUAUUUAAGGAAACCCAAAAGCAUGCACCGGAGAUUUUUUGUCUUACGGACUGCGAGUGUCUCUGGACCUUCCAGACUGGAAUACUACGAAAACGAGAAAAAAUGGAGACACAAAUCGGGCGCUCCCAAGAGAUCGAUUCCAUUAGAGAGUUGCUUCAAUAUUAACAAGAGGGCCGACUCCAAAAACAAGUAUCUGGUGGCACUGUACACUAAGGAGGAAUAUUUUGCAAUCGCAGCCGAUAGUGAACAGGAGCAGGACCUGUGGUACCAAGCGCUGCUGGAUCUGCACAACAAGGGUAAGCUGCACGAGCCCGCCGGGGGCAGCGCAAUGGGGGAGGACAGUUAUGGAGAGGCCACGCCAGGACCUGCCUUUAAAGAAGUUUGGCAGGUUAUUUUAAAACCAAAGGGACUGGGACAAAUAAAAAAUUUAAUAGGGAUUUACAGGUUGUGCCUAACAAAUAAAACGAUAAGCUUUGUAAAGCUAAACUCGGAUGCCGCCGCCGUUGUUCUGCAGCUGAUGAACAUUCGGAGAUGUGGUCAUUCUGAAAAUUUCUUUUUCAUUGAAGUGGGGAGAUCUGCUGUUACAGGACCUGGGGAAUUCUGGAUGCAAGUUGAUGACUCUGUUGUAGCGCAGAACAUGCAUGAAACUAUUCUGGAUGCCAUGAAAUCCAUGAGUGAGGAAUUUCGCCCAAGGAGUAAAAGUCAGUCUUCUUCUAAUUGCUCCACUCCUAUCUCUGUGCCGCUGAGAAGACACCACCACAACAACCCGCCCCCUAGCCAGGUGGGGCUCGGCAGGAGGUCCCGGGCAGAAAGCGUUACUGCCACCUCUCCUGCGGCCCAAGGAAAACAGACCCAUUCUUUCAGAGUGAGAGCCUGCAGUGAUGGAGAGGGCACAAUGUCCAGACCGGCCUCUGUGGAGGGGAGCCCGGGCAGUCCCUGCUCUGCUCGGACACACGCUCAGAGACACAGGGGCGGCUCCCGGCUCCACCCGCCCCUCAGCCACAGCAGGUCCAUCCCCAUGCCGUCCUCCCGCUGUUCCCCCUCCGCCACCAGCCCUGUCAGUCUCUCGUCCAGCAGCACCAGUGGCCAUGGCUCCACCUCCGACUGCCUGUACCCUCGCCGCUCCAGCGCCUCUGCCUCUGGCUCUCCCAGCGACGGAGGCUUCAUUUCCUCUGACGAGUACGGCUCCAGCCCCUGCGACUUCAGGAGCUCUUUCCGCAGCACCACCCCCGACUCCCUGGAGCACACCCCGCCAGCCCGGGAGGAAGAGCUCAAUAACUACAUGUCCAUGUCGAAGCCCAGCCUGGUGCCUAACGGGCACUGCGCUCGCCCCCAACCUCGCUGCACACCCCCCCGACUGGAGGACUCGGAGCUGGAGAAGAGCUUCAGGAAGCGGACUCAUUCCUCAGGUGCCUCGCCCCCAACCGUGUGUCACCAGAAGACCCCGUCGCAGUCCUCCACUGCGUCUCUGGAGGAGUAUGCACCCAUGAUGUCCACCUACAGCAGAGCAUCGUUGUACAGGCAAUCUCCAUUUCUGCCUGCGCAGUCGUAUCCUGAGGAGAGUCUGGACCUGCACCUGGAGGGCAGCAGGACAGGACGGGUGGAUGAUGGGUACAUGCCCAUGUCACCAGGCGUGGCUCCUGUUGCCUGCAAGAGCAGUGAUUACAUGCCAAUGAGUCCCAAAAGUGUGUCUGCUCCCCAGCAGAUCCUCAGUCCACGGCAGCAUUGCAGAGUGGACUCCAAUGGGUACAUGAUGAUGUCGCCUAGUGUGAGCUGUUCCCCAGAAAGCACAAACUUUGGGAAAGUCUGGACCAAUGGGACUAAUCCCGCACUGUGCGAGAGCAGUGAAGGGAAAGGCUUGUGUGGAGAUUAUAUCAACAUGUCCCCCGCAAGCUGCUCCACCACCAGCACUCCACCUGACUGCUACUUUAACCAGGUUGAAGAGACUCACAAACCCAUGCACUCCUACUACUCACUACCUCGGUCCUUCCGACACACCCACAGGAAGCAGGAGCAGAGCCCUCUGCGCUUCUCUGUGAACUCCGGCCGGCUGGUCUAUGGUGACUCCUCCUCCUCCUCCGCCAGCAGCGACAGCCUGGGAGGGCAGGGGAAUGGGAAGCUGGCGGUCAAACCGCAGGACGAGGUGGAUGGGAGGCUGGCGCGGCCGACGCGCCUCUCCUUGGAUGGCAGCAGGGCUAGCACGCUCCCACGGGCGCGGGAGAGCCCCUUUCCCCCGGUACCUACGAGCCCGGGAGAGUACGUUGACAUGGAGUUCAGCGACAGGCCUUUCUCUGCCAGCCUCGCCUCCCUUCUGGCACCUGCGUUUGUGGAGACCGACUCUGAGAGACGGUCUCCACACUCCUCAGAGUACAUGAACAUGGAGCUGGGGGCCCGGGGCAGGAAGCCCCGGCCUGAAGCUAAAGGCUCUGCCUGCCCGGAAGACGGUGCAGAGGUUAGCUCAGCCAUCCCACCUGCAGGUGCCUGUGCGGGAAUGCAGACCGGCGAGUAUGUCCACAUGCAGCUCGGAGCCUUGUGCCAUAGUUACCCAGAGGCACAGAUGGUAGUCGGCUACUCGGAGGUAAGCAGCUCUGCUGACACUCCCAGCCAGGAGGGGGCACUAGUGAAUGAGGUCCCCGACUCCAGCUGUCUUGGCCUGAUGGGAUCAAUGUCUGGGCUAAGUGCUUUUUCCCGGGUCAAUUCUAGUCCUAACCGGAACCAGGUCGCUAAAGUGAUCCGGGCCGACCCGCACGGCCGCAGGCGGCACAGUUCGGAGACCUUCUCCUCAACGACCGCGGUGUCCGGAGCGGCGGCAGCCCCGCCCAGCGGUGAGGACGUGAAGCGGCACAGCUCGGCUUCCUUUGAGAACGUGUGGCUGUCGCCCUGCGAGAGGAGGGAGGCCACGCCAGCGACUUCCCUCCAGAAUGGCCUCAACUACAUGGACCUGGACCUGGCGAAGGAGCAGAUCCCAUCCAGGGGUGGGCCCUCUGACCCCAACCCCUACGCCAGCAUCAGGUUUCAGAAAGAGGAACACCCGAGGAAAGCCCCAGGACAUAGAGAAGAAUGAAGACCUGGACCUCCCUGCACCCUUGUCAGCUAGCCCACCCUGCCAUAAUGCACACCUCCCUCCAACAGUGAAGAUAGCGCUGACCUGGGGGGACAGUAUCCUCAUCAUAGUAACACUACAGCACAUAUCAACGGUACUGCACCAUCGUGAGAGUGAUGGUGCAACGCAAACAAACGGUACAGCACCAUCGUGGGUGUGAUGGUGCAACGCAAACAAACGGUACAGCACCAUCGUGGGUGUGAAGGUGCAACACAGACGAAUGGUACAGCACCAUCGUGGGUGUGAUGGUGCAACACAAACAAACGGUACAGCACCAUCGUGGGUGUGAAGGUGCAACACAGACGAAUGGUACAGCACCAUCGUGGGUGUGAAGGUGCAACACAGACGAAUGGUACAGCACCAUCGUGGGUGUGAUGGUGCAACACAAACAAACGGUACAGCACCAUGUUGAGAGUGAAGGUACAGCACAGAGCAGCGGUACAGCGCCUUCCUUCUGAGAGUAAAGGUACGGCCCAGAUGAACUGAGCGGUACAGCGGUUCUGUGACGUUGUUCUGGACAGUGAUGGUGCAGCACAGAGCAGCGGUUCUGUGACGUUGUUCUGGACAGUGAUGGUGCAGCACAGAGCAGCGGUACUGUGACGUUGUUCUGGACAGUGAUGGUGCAGCGCAUCCGGAUGACGCAGCACUGUUGCUCUCCCGAGUGGAGCGCUUCACCGGUAUGACGCCUCAGCGGGUGGAGCAGUGCCUUCAGGCAGCCUUGUUUACCCAGUCUCAUCUCAGGACCCAGUGCACAGACGCACACACGCAGGUGUGCCCACAGAUUCCGCCGAGGCACCUCAGCCUGUCAGCAUUUCCUCUCCGUGGCCCAUCGGGAUUUCUCACACCUGAGGGCUAUUCUAACGAUUCCUAUUAUUAACAAUUGUUAUGACUUUGAUUACGGAAUAGAUGGGCUACCACUCUUGCUGGGAUUUUUAGUAUCUUGUCAUUUUAUUUUUAUUUACCCCCCCCCCCCCCCCCCCCCCUCCAUUUUCCUGUCACCGUGUGACGCUACACCAUCGGCAAAUUGGUCACAUGCUUUGACUUUGCCAUUUUACCCGAAGCCCUUUCACCAGUACUCUUCGCCGUGCGUCACGGUUCAGCACCCACGGCCUUUAAUUCCUGCAAUAUCCGGAGCAGUGCUCCGCUUAGAGGUAGCAUCACUACGUGUCAUGGAGUGUUGUCCCAUGACAGCACCCACGGCCUGUAACGCCGCAUGAGUGUGCAGCACAUCAGGAAUGUCAGCUGACUUUAGUAGCAGGCUUGCCUUAACAGCGUGCUUCCAAACCCAAUCAAAACACAGAACCACUCUGCGUGCAUCCCUUGCACGCUUUAUUUAUGCUUCUGGGUCAAUCGAAUAUUGUGGCCUGUGAUUUUUUAAAAUAAUGACCAAUGUCCAAAGCAUUUUUUUAAAUAUAUAUAUAUAUCUACAACUAGCCAAAAGGUUGCCCAUGUCAAAUCAAAAUUGACAAUUAUUGAAAUUUAAAAACCAAUGAGCAAGAUUGUUCCAACCUAUUUCUCUUGUAAGCUUAAAUUAAUAUUUUAAUUUUCAGAAAACCUGCUGUAAAAUUGCUUGCGGUUUUAUUUAACUUUCUUGGGGUUUUCAUUUCUUAUCAGAAAUCCUCAGUUGUGUGUCUGAGGGGAUCACGGCUACAAGAAAACAGGAGUUCAUAAUAUUUGUCUCAUUUGCUGCUGAAAAGACUGACGAUCAGUCUGUGUAAAUUAUUUAAUAUAGAAAUGGCAUUCAUGUUGGUCUCAGAGUUAAGUAUUUAACAUUUCAUGGUUUAUACUGGUUCUUUGUUUUUAAAAAUGAAAUGUAAAGGGCACAUUUUUGGAUAUGUGUCUGCGGUGUGUUAUGUUCUGUUCUAAAAUGGGAGAAUUUCUUAAACAUAGCGUGGAAAGAAUGGGUGACUGUUUACCUGUUAUCCCUAAUGUAUAUUGAACAUGUAUGAUGUGGUCCUUGUGCAGGUGUGUUACAGCACCCUGUUCUCUGGGUCGGGCCUCUCCUCAUCGCAUUUUCAUUUUGUCAUCUUGUUUUCUCAAAUUGGAUCGACCGUGGAGUGAGACAGGCUUGUUGUCCUUUAUGCCAGGUCAUCACCAGCGCCAAUCCACGUCUUCCACUGUGUAAAAUGCAGAGAAAAGCAUUAAUGAACAAAUGUCCGAUUAGGAAAUUGGUGGGUGGGUAAAUUUAUCAAUGUAUGGAUGAAUGCAGUGCUCAAGUGAGCAAAUGAACAAUCAAUGGAUGGAUGAAUUUGUGCAGAAGAAGUGAAUGUAUAGGUGAAUGAAAGAAUGAAUGCAUAAGAGCAGUACCAGUACCCCACCCCCCCUCCUUCAACAGGAGAGAACAUGGAAGAGUUUGUUUACUCUGGAACCUGUUGUGUAAUAAAGUAGAAAUUAUUCCCUCCCUCUUGUACACUGGUGUUGCACUGUUUUGUUUUGUAGUGGGUGAGGUAGAGUGAGGGGAUCUUUGGGCUAAGUAUGAAGAUGUCCUCCUCUUUCUGCCCCUUUCACUCGUUGACUGCACAUAUAUUAUCCAGCCUUUCUCCGACAAACGCAUUCAUGAAGAAAAGGAUUUAAUUUCCUACUUUCAUACUUUCUCAACGUGGUAAUUAGCUAUGCACAGUAACAAAGGGUCCACUGAGCUAUGUGGCGGAGAAAUGUUCUACUCAAGUAAAAUGUUUUGUGGUGCCCGUUCACAAUGUAAUAUUUUAUCAAGUAUUUAUCUCAAGUCGUCUUGGCACCUUGGCUAAAGGAAGAAGAUGGCUUGGCAGUAUUUGAGCUGGUGUCUGUCGGCUCUGCAUAGUUGGCAAGUGAACCAGAUAGUGCUUAAGUGUAUGCAUUUUUAAUGAAGAAUCCUGGCAACCAACGGAAGUUGAAUGAAGCUGCUGAUUCCCAGGGGUACAUACCUGCUGACUGACUUGUCUUCUUCCCUGGUCCUUGGACCUCCUGUUUCACUGAGGUUUUGGCUAGCAUGCAGUGACAAACUCAAUGAUUUCCUGAGGGUCAUGCUGUAUCUCAGCUAUCAUGGGAUCUGCUGGA